CAUAUUAACUUUCGUAUGAUUCAGUAUUUCUCUAAUCCAGUUAGAAGAACACUAAUUAUAAAUGACAUACUUAAGAACGCGGCUAUCACACGGUUUGAGCUCAGGAAUUUUGUAUGACGCUUGGGUCGGUGUCAUUAUCUCCCUUUCUAAUUCUAUCUAUUCCACUUUAAGAACCCACUCAAUCUUUAUGACUCAUAAGUGCAUUUUUAUAUAUGUCCAGAAAUUCUUAUAGUAGACUAUAUAAACUAUUUCCACUUAUAGAACCCACUCAUUCUUUUUUCACUUCUCUAAUUCAAGAAUUUGCAUUCUGUUGAUUUAAUACAAUGGCUGCAAAUGAUGUGCCAUGUUGUGAACCCAUGUUCUGGACAUAUCUAAUCAUAUGUAUAGCACUAGUGUGUUUUGCUGGCCUCAUGUCUGGCCUUACGCUAGGACUCAUGUCUCUCAGCCUAGUUGAUCUUGAAGUUCUCAUCAAGGCUGGUCAGCCACAAGAACGCAAGCAUGCAGAAAAGAUUCUACCAAUUGUUAAGAAUCAGCAUUUACUCUUGUGCACCCUCCUCAUAGGCAAUGCCCUGGCGAUGGAGGCCCUGCCUAUCUUCGUCGAUGCGCUUCUUCCAGCUUGGGGUGCUAUACUAAUAUCAGUUACCCUCAUACUUGCCUUUGGAGAAAUCAUCCCUCAAGCUGUUUGUUCUCGGUAUGGACUGAGUGUUGGUGCAAAAAUGUCUGUUGUUGUUCGGUUGAUUGUAGUAGUCCUUUUCCCAUUAGCUUAUCCAAUCAGUAAGUUGUUGGAUUGGAUCCUUGGAAAAAAGCAUUCUGCACUGUUACGACGAGCAGAACUGAAGACCUUGGUUGACAUGCUCGGAAGUGAGGCAGGGAAAGGUGGAGAGCUGACACAUGAUGAAACCACCAUUAUUACUGGAGCUUUGGACAUGACCCAGAAGACAGCUAAAGAUGCUAUGACACCCUUAUCUAAAGUUUUUUCACUUGAUAUAAACUCUAAACUUGAUGAGGAAACACUGGGGCUGAUAAUAAACAAAGGGCACAGUCGCAUACCCAUUUAUUCAGGAAAUCUAGAAAAUAUUAUCGGCUUGAUUUUGGUGAAAAAUUUAAUUAAAUUCCGUCCAGAAGAUGAAACCCCUAUAAGAGAGAUAACCAUCAGGAAAAUUCCAAGGGUGCAAGACCAUUUGCCUCUUUAUGAUAUAAUGAAUCAAUUCCAAAUCGGUCACAGCCACAUGGCUGUUGUUGUCAAGUGUAAGCAUGAUGUUGAUGGGACAGCAGAAGUAACAAAAUCUACUCCUAGCAUGUUCAAGACAAAUAGGAAUCGCAAUCCAAAGCAAAGAAAAGAAGACGUGAAAGGGAAUGGUCAUCAACCUGGUCGGAACGAACAUUUUAACAUCUGUAUACACAAACCAUCUGUAUCCGAAUAUGAAAAUCCGAGACCAAGUAAUGUCACGGAUUUAGCGGAUUGUUUGCACCCAAAAUUGCAAAGAAGUGAAUGCGAAAAUCAAAGUCUCUCAAAUGAAGAUGAGUGUGCAGCUUUUGAUGAAGAGGUCAUUGGUAUCAUAACACUUGAAGAUGUUAUGGAGGAACUACUUCAGGAAGAAAUCCUGGAUGAGACUGAUGAAUAUAUUGAAGCUCAUACGACAAUUACAAUCAAUAUGCUACCAUCGCGAAGAUCCCCAUUGAUAAAGUCACCUUUAGCAGCAGCAGCAGCUUCACAAAUUCAGUGGCGAACUCCUUUAGCUUCUCCAGUUUCAUCCUAUCAUCAGAGUCCUCUAUCUUCUUGUAAUCUUACUCCAUUACUGCAUUCUCCAAUUCCAGCUUAUGUCCGUUCUCCAUUAGCUAGACCAACUCUCUCAGCUUCCCCUGAAAAAUCUGUUCCAAAUUCUCCACCUGGCACCGCCAACUACUCACCAUCCUCCCGUCAGGUUUCUCGAAAAUCAUACGACAAGCUGAGAGCCUGAGGACCAUAAUGAUUAUGUACUUUUUAACUUCGAAUUGUUGAAAAAUGAUUAACGAAGUUUUUCCUACCACUGGCCAACACAACGGGCUAAAACUUGUUUUCAUUUCAAGACACAAAGGUUUCAAUGUUAAAAUAUUAUUUAUUUGGAUAUAAUCUUAGUUCUAAUUUUAUA